AUGGGGAGAGGAAAGAUCGUGAUUCGAAGGAUCGAUAAUUCGUCUAGCCGGCAAGUGACCUUUUCCAAGAGAAGAGGUGGGUUGGUUAAGAAAGCUAGAGAGCUAUCCAUUCUGUGUGAUGCAGAAGUUGGAUUGAUUGUGUUCUCCAGCACUGGCAAGCUUUAUGAAUUUGCUAGCACAAGCAUGAAAUCUGUUAUCGAUCGCUAUAACAAGGUCAAAGAGGACCAUCACCACGUAAUGAAUCCUGCUUCAGAAAUCAAGACAUCAUACUCUAGCAAAACUCAUUGCGCUAAGAUAACUAUCCCUUUCUUUGAUGGUUCAUUUGAUAUCAAAGAAAUGGAAGAGAGGAAAGAAGAGAGUGAAUGGUUAUGUAGAAGAGUAGAAAUGUGA